CAACCACCAUCGUGGGCGGAGCUUCUUUUCCCAAAAUAAUACUGUGUGGCGACACCACAUUGCACACUGAUGUUGCGGCACCGAAGCUAUUUGCUUAAUGCUUGUACGGCAUCUGUUCUUCUAAAAACUAUUCGAUGCUGUCGUCAUUCAAUUAAGUGAAAUUAAUGACAUGAACACAUGAGAUCUAUACAAUAAGAAGAAUGUGUCGCUGGCUGAUAUGCGAGAAUCUGCGAGGGUUUUUAACAUCAAGACCACCUCUUGUUAUGUUCAUGCUCCUGCUGGGAGUGUUUGCAGUGACGUUGUGGGUGCUGGCAAAUAUUGUAGAGGUCAAAAAUCUGAAGAAUCCAGAUGAAACUGAUUGGAACGACUUCCUGUCAGGCUUUCGGAAGGUCCAGUUUUGCAUGCUACUGGACGAAGUCGAGGCGGGCAAUGAGACGGAACACAUCGCACACCAAAGCUACAAAGACAUCAUGGCUAAAGUACACGGGAAGUUUGAGUUUGCUGCAGACAGAGCUUCCACCCCAUCAACUGUCGAAAUUGUGGAGGUGUCCAUUCCUAUGUGGGUUGAGUUAAACCCGACAGCUGAGCUAGUGAACAUUCCACACAAUGUGUCCCUGCUGAGUACAACCAUGAGUGGAAGACAACUGGGCAUAACAGGUGAGAAUGCAGGAACUGAGUUCAAUGUGACAUUGAGCCUACCUGUUAAAUGGAACUCCUCCAUGUGUGUACACAAUAAUCCAUGCAGUGUGCUGAAAAUCCAGACAUGUCUGCUGCUAAAGGCACCUUCCAGUCUCUUUCCAAAUUCAAGGACCCCGUCCUGCAGUCAGUUGGGUAUAUCAAACAGUACAGACGAGGUGCCCAGUCAUUUCCGUAUGGUCAGCAAAGAUAGGUCCAAGGUGCGUCCAAAAGAUCUCGUGUGCGACUCCUCACCUUCAAUCACACUGGAUCACCGUGACGACCUGGACUUGACAAUCUGGUUGACAAUGCAUGACAAGUCUGUCAUUGACCUUCACCUGAUGCACACAAGCUUCUUCCUGUUCAUUAUGGUUGUCACACUGCUUGCAUACGCUGUUGUCAAGGGCAAGGCACACGCCACCUACAAAACCAAAACCUACAGCGAGGUACCCAAUGAAGCAUGAUUCCAUAUUGGAGCUUUGAUGAAGCCUAUACAAGCUGGUUCCCUGGGAUCUAGUUGCAGAUAGCGAGCUGUGAUACUAUUGUACUGGGAACAAAUCCUUCCUACCAGGAUGCAGACACACGUGUUUGAUGAGAACACAGUUUUCUGGACAAUUUUCCUUGUUAAACAAAUUAUUUUGUGCUUUUUUGUUAGAAGUUUUAAGAUGCAAGUUGCUUGUUUGUUACAUGCUUUCUCAAACAAACAAACACACUGGAAAUAUUCAUGGCAAUAAUCCACACCCUAGUUUAAAAAAGCUAAGUUCAAACAGUAUUUUUGUGGAAAAAGGGCAUGAACACUUUUUAUGCCCCCGGAUCGAAAGAUUGGGGGUAUAUUGUUUUUGGCCUGUCUGUCUGUCUGUCUGUCAUUCAUUGUGUGUGUGCCAAAACUUUAACCUUGGUUUAAGUUUUGCGAUAACUUUUGCAAUAUUGAAGAUAGCAACUUAAUAAUUGGCAUUGGAGCUGCACAUUUUGAGUGGUGAAAGGUCAAGGUCAUUCUUCAAGGUCAAAGGUCUCAAAAACAAAUCCAAGGGAAGUAAUAAGCUUAAAAAAGGAGAUAAUUUCUAAACCUGCCAAAUUAUAUAUUGAAAUUUUAUUUCAAAGCGGGCAAUAGGGGCAUUGUGUUUCUGACAAACACAUCUCUUCUUAAGUUAUGCAAUAUGACCAAAUUUGUUAAUACCAUAUGGUUUAUUUUAUGUUUUGUUUAUCACAUGGCACUACUAUCAAAACAUUUGUGAAGCUCUGGUUCACUUGAAGUACUUGUAUGUUAAGGACAAUCAUAGUUGACAAAUUUACAUUCACUAUGAAAGGUCUCUAUGAUAGAUGCAGUUUAUUUUGAAUUUGAUACUCCCAAUGUUUUGAUUUGACAUUUAUGAUUAUCCAUAUUUAUUUUGUUGGUUUUCAAUGUUUAAAUGUUGUUCAAUGUUGUUAUGAUGUUAUCUUGUUUUUAAUGUAUUCUUGUUUGUUUGUUGGUUUUGAUUGAUAUUGAAAUAAUGCUGGGAAAAAAAACAAAGUAAACAUUUGUUAAAGUUCUAAAUUCAUUCAGACAAAGUGUAUUAGUGCGUGUUAAAAUUAUUAGGGUAAAUGUUUGUUAUUUGCGAAAAUAACCAACAGUUUCAAGUCCCAAUGCUGGUUACCAAACUGGUACUUUGCUCUCUUACAUCUUCAUAACUGUUGAUUAUUAUCACAAAAACAAACAUUUAACUAUAAAUUAUUUCUUAAAAUUGACCUGCUUCAUGCGAAAAUGGGUCUUAGAUAUUUUGUACCAUGGUAGCUAUUGUUCAGCUUGCCUUAUUGCUCAUACUGCUAUAGAGCUACACUGCCUGCUCUAUAAAGUCACACAAGGUUGAGUGGUCUCUCGCUACACUGUCUGCUCUAUAAAGUCACACAAGGUUGAGUGGUCUCUCGCUACACUGUCUGCUCUAUAAAGUCACACAAGGUUGAGUGGUCUCUCGCUACACUGUCUGCUGUAUUAAGUCACACAAGGUUGAGUGGUCUCUCGCAGGGUCUCUCCUGAGCAGGCUUGUAGAUAUGCUGGCUGGGCUGGGAUACUUUUGCUGUAUAUUGCAGCGGGUGGAUUAUAUUAAAUAUUAAAUGUACUGUUAGGUACUUUAGAUGUCUAGAUAGUGUUGAACAUGAUGUUUGAUGUAACACAUUGAAAGAUACAGUCAGUUUAAUAUAAUAAGUGGUUAAAACAUAGUCAUGUUUUGUGCAUUUCCUGUUAAAUGUUAAAUCUGAAUAGUAAUACUGAUGUAAAUACUAUGGAACAUCACCAUUCUUUAUUGUGAACAACACAAUUGUGACAGUAGUAAGAACAGAUAAACAUGGCAAAAAUCGAUCUGAAUUAAUUGUUCUCUAUGCUGAAAAAGUGGUUUGUUAUACUGUUAAGUUUGAAGCGAUGAAGGCGAAUAAUAAAGAAACAGAAAAAUGGAGCAACCAAUAUUUAACCAACCCCCCGGUUGGAUUGGACAGAAUCCAGGGGAAGUAAUAAGCUUGAAAGGGAGAUUAUUUUAUACCUGCCAAAUGAAAAAUAGAAAUUUUCUAUUAAAGCGGCGCAGUAGGGGGCAUUGUGUUUCUGAUAAACACAUCUCUUGUUUUUGCAUCACACUGUUUAGAUUUAGGUGCCUGGACACAAGUUAAGGAACACAUGCUGUAGUAAGCUUGCAAUCCUCAAAGUGCAGCUGAAUUUCGAUCUGUUUCUAUUUUAGUAAGACGUACAACGGGACCACAAUUGCAGAUUUAUCUAAACCUACCAUGAUUAAAUGCUUUUUAUAAACACAUGUGUUCAAUUUUUACAAGACAAUUCCUCUUUUUCUUGCCAGUUAGAGUUAAUUCAAUGGCAAGUCAUUUACCACGUGAAAAAUCAUAUAUAAACAUUCGGUAUAGGAAUUAAUUAUAGGCUCACAGAAUACUUAACAUUUAGCCAACUUCUCAACACUUGAAUUGCACAAUUGCCAUUUAUAUUUUACAAUGUCGUUUUUUGUAGACCCAAUACAAUAUAUACAAGUAUCACUUAUACACGAAUAUAGCAUUCAGACCAUUAGAUAUAUCAUUACAAUUGUUGUUAAAGUGUUCAGUUCUAGAAUAUAUGGCAAUAACAAGCCUUUAAAUC